ACAACCAUAAGAAGGGUUCUCCUCAAGUCCUUCCCCUCGCAUUCCAGGAUGAGUUUGAACAACGACCCCAGAUGGAAUUCUGUGAGCUCCUGUAAUUUGUUUCGCCGGUACCUACUACUGAUUACAGGCAGCUGAGCAACAAGAUGAGCAGUUUCCACGAAUGGUUUAAAGCUGAAUUCAAUACCCUCUAUGAUCUUGCAGACGGCUCCUUCAGUAAGCGCGGCCUAUCGCUCUCUUUGUAUCUGGACACUGCCCGUCAAUUUGAGCGACAUUUAACUAUGCAUCAUACCAUUGAGGAGAAAUAUAUUUUCUCAAUCUUAGCUCGCAGAAUGCCUGAAUUCUCGGAUAUGGUCAACGACGGACACAUCAAAUCACACCAGAGCAUUCACCACGGACUAGAGGAAUUCUUAAAUCUAGUUACGAAGUGGAAACAAGAUCCAAGUACUUAUUCACCUAUCGGUAUGAGGACUUGCUUGGACAAUUUCAAGGGUGUCCUGUUUUCUCACCUAGAUCAAGAGGUCUCGGAUUUACGAGGAGAGAAUAUGAAAAAAUAUUGGAAACUGGAAGAACUCGAGAGUAUCCCCAUGUGAACACAGUAUCAAUGGCCGAAUGUCCGU